AUGUAUCUCCGAAGAUCUCUGGGAUAUUUGCUUACCAGCACCUUCUUUUUGGCCAACCUCGCACAUGCCAACAACUCCACAUCCGCAUAUGUUGCAUGUCAAGCUGUUACCGUGAAUCCUCUAGAUGGAUGUCCGUCCAACACUGUUCUCGUCUCACAAACUGACUGCUCUGCCAAUUUCUCGACCAUACAAAGUGCUGUAUUAUCUAUCCCCAACAACACGAUUCCAUACACCAUUCUAGUAUUGCCUGGCAACUACAUCGAACAGAUAAAUGUCACUCGGUCUGGUCCUCUCACGAUUCUCGGGCAAACGAAUUCGCCCAACGACCAAAGCGAGAACUCCGUAACGGUCUACUGGACCUCGGCGGAUGCGAAUAGUGAUCUUCCGGGUGAUGCUUUCUCUUCCGUGCUGACCGUGGCUCCAAAUCUCAACGCGAGUCUUACCGGUUCUGGCCCGACAGGAUUCGCGGUUCCGGCUGACACUCCUUUCGGUUGUACCGACUUCCGAGUUUACAAUAUCGAUUUUAGGAAUGUGUAUUCCGAGAUCUCUGCAGGACCGGCUCUGGCAGUGAGUGUAAGUCGAGCAAAUGCUGGAUUCUACUAUUCGGGCAUCUAUAGUUACCAAGAUACAGUAUAUGUUGGAAAGCUGGGAAAUGCAUAUUUCUAUCAUAACGAGAUCGCAGGACAGACGGAUUUCUUCUACGGGUUUGGCACAGCUUGGAUAGAAUCUACCUCGGUUCUCCUCCGUGGUUGCGGCGGAGGUAUCACAGCAUGGAAAGGCACAAAUACGACAUUUGUCAACAAAUACGGAGUUUACAUCAGCGACUCCACCCUGAACGCAGCCAACAGUUCCAUCGCACCUUCGAUGGUCGGAAAAUGCUUUCUCGGACGUCCAUGGAAUGCUUUAAUGCGGGCUGUGUACUUGAAUAUGUAUAUGGAUGCGUCAAUUGCGCCAGCAGGUUUCAAAAAGUGGACCACUGAUCCUGCAACUGACAAUUACGGACCAAACACGACGAUGGCUGAGUACAAGUCUUAUGGACCGGGUUUCAAUUUGACAACUAGGAUAGCUGGGAAUCUGACGAUUGAAUUUACCGCUGAUCAGGCGAGGGCUUACCGUACGCCGAAGGAUGUCUUUAUGGCUUCUGAUGGUAGUCAAUCAUACUACAGCUGGAUUGAUGCUGCGUACUAUCCUUGGUAGAUAAAUUUAGGGAGAGAAGUAAUACAGUAUGGGCCAC